AUGGACCCUGAAAAUAGUAACGUUCAUGCUGGAGGUGGUGAUGCGGGGCCUUCUAGUAUAGGCAGCAAUGAUUCUGAUGUUGUCUCGUGCAGUAGAGUGUUGUAUGCAACUUUCAAGUUGACGGGGGAGAUAGAACGGUGCUGGACAGCAGUGAAGCUCCUAGAUGAGCAAAGACCAGUACCUGCAGCACUGACCAAGGGAUGCUUUAAAGAGAUCUUUUAUGACUGCUACAUCCCCGCUUCUGUUAGAGAUGCUAAAAUGGAGGAGUUCUUGAAUCUGACUCAGGGACAGCUGACAGUUCCACAGUACACUACUAAAUUUGAUGAGCUGUCACGUUUUGCCCUUUUCAUGAUACCAGAUGAAUUUAGAAAGGCACAGAGGUUCAAGAGGGGAUUGAGACAGGAAAUAUACGAACAAGUGGCAUUAUUGCAGAUACGUGAUUUUUCAGAAUUGAUAGAUAAGGCCACUGUAGCAGAGAUUAGCCGUAAGAAAGGUAUUGGAGGGCAGAGUCAUAGGAAGAGGCCCACGCCUCCUGAAUUUCAAGCCAGUACUAGUCAGGGGCAAUAG